AUGGCCACCCACUCGUCGGCACCUGCCGGCGCCACAGAUGCCGUCCUGAAGCCCUCGGAGCCUGUGCCGGCGGGCGUGCAAGAGGUGCAGGGCAUCGACUUCAAUCAGUAUGCGGCGCGCAGCAUCACCGUCGACGAGCUCGUGGGCGGCUACGCCACCAUGGGCUUCCAGGCCACCGCGGUCGGCGAGGCGGUGCGCAUCAUCAAUGGCAUGUGCCAGCACCAGCACCAGCACCAGCACCAGGUGCGGAGGCAGACUGUCCGUGCGCCGCUGCGCCCGCGCCAUGCCCCGAACCAGCACUGA